AUGUGGCACAGAAGAAUUUCGAACGACGACCACCGUAAAAUUACUCAAGUUUCUUCAAAUUCCUACAUAUCCAUAAACGAUCAAUCAUUUGAGACCACGCCAGAUCCGAGUCUAAGCGAUUACUGGCAUAUCAUCUAUCUCUUCGCGCUUUCCAACAGAACCACCAAUGAGGAGUUCCAGCGCGCUGUCAAAUUCAUCGCAACACCCAUUCAACAGUGCGCAAAAUCGAAUGCGAAAGUGACGGUGCGCUUUUUGGCAAAGAACAACGUCGACUCAGGCUGGCUAACGCGCCUCGAGCAUGUGAACAAAUUCUUGGAAACUUUGAGCUCCGACGAAGUCUUGCUGGAUGCAGUUCUAGCCGAAGCCGUUGAUGUCUAUGACAAUACCACACUAAUUUUGGUCAACGAAGCUGUAAGCAUUAAGACAGGGCAAACAACCACAGAUAACGAACCUCGCAUCACUCUGCUGACCGACUUUGUAUCCCAGCUAGCGGCGGAGGUCUACCAGAAUCAAACUUCAAUCCCUCGAAGUCAUAUAAUUUCCGAUCCCAAUUAUGGUGACAGCCCAAAAGAUAUGGUCGAUUUAUGCCCAGCAAAA